AUGGUCGAUUCUGCUCAACGGCGCGGCAAGGGGUCGAAAAAUGAACUUCCCACUUCAUCUGGCGAAAUAGAUCCGAUGGAGGAUUCAACGCAAACAGUAUGCGCACUCCGAGAUCCAGAGCUCACAAAGAAUACAGACUAUGUCAAAGCCGUGCUUGGAUCAUAUAUAAAUGUGAAGAAAUCCCACGGGAGACCUGUAGAGGCCAUCUCAAAGAAGCUGGAGCCGUUGGAAGAAGAAGUGAGCCCAUGGUCCAAAAGGUCGCUCGACAAUCAGCUUACGAGCGAUUCUUUUGCGCAGUAUCCCCGCUUAGCGGAUUCCUUUGUAGCCAUCCGAAAAGAGCACGGCCUCCCAUCUUCCAACAUUCUAGAACCACCCGCCAAAGUCAAGCUGUCUGAGCGGGUAGCCGAAAGGAGGCAUCUUCAUAGAAAAGGAGCAGGGGCAGAGCAGGAGAAGGUCUGA